AUGGCUAACUGCCUCAAGACUAUUUUGCCCUCUUUGAUCUCUCACCACCAAAGUGCCUUUGUCCCCGGCCGCUUGAUCACGGACAAUGCAAUUAUUGCCUUUGAAAUAUUCCAUGCUAUGAAAAGAAAAGGGGAGGGUCGAAGAGGUACUAUGGCGCUUAAGCUCGAUAUGAGUAAGGCGUAUGACCGUGUUGAGUGGUCUUUUCUGGAACAGGUUAUGUACAAGUUCGGAUUUGCGGAGGGGUGGGUGCGGAGAAUUAUGGACUGUUUAUGCUCGGUGUCCUACUCUUUUAAGUGGAAUGGCAAGGUGUCGGGGUGUGUCUCUCCUGCUCGUGGUCUCCGGCAAGGGGACCCCAUCUCCCCCUACCUCUUUCUCAUGUGUGCCGAGGCUUUCUCUUCGUUGCUUGUGAAGGCGGCUAAUGAUAAUUUGAUUAGUGGUGCGAGGGUGUGUAGAGGAGCUCCGAAAAUUUCUCACAUAUUUUUUGCGGACGAUAGUAUCCUCUUUGCUAGAGCGACUACCGAGGAGUGCUCCAAAAUUGUUUCCAUUAUUUCAACUUAUGAGCGUGCUUCGGGCCAAUUGAUUAACUUUGACAAGUCGGAGGUCUCCUUUAGCAAGAAUGUUAGGGCCGAUCGUAGAUACGAGAUUAUUAGUUUGCUCCGGGUCAAGCAAGUUUCGAGACACGAGAAGUACCUUGGUCUUCCCACUAUCAUUGGCCGAUCGAAGAAAGCUGUUUUCUCAUGUUUGAAAGAGAGAGAGUGGAAAAAAUUACAAGGGUGGAAAGAGAGACUUUUGUCUCAAGCCGGUAAGGAGAUUCUAAUUAAAGCGGUGGCCCAGGCAAUUCCGGUGUAUAUGAUGGGUUUAUUUCGAAUUCCGGACUGUGUUCUUAACGAAAUUAACAGUAUGAUCGCCAAGUUUUGGUGGGGUUCGAGGGGCUCCGAGCGCAAAAUUCAUUGGGUGAGUUGGAAAAAAUUAUGCCUCCCGAAACAACUUGGUGGCAUGGGUUUUAGGGAUUUGGGGACUUUCAAUCAAGCCCUUUUGGCCAAGCAAGGGUGGCGCCUCCUCAACGACUCUAAGUCUCUUGUCUAUAGUGUUUUAAAAGCGAGAUAUUUUAAGAACGGGGAGUUUAUUUCGGCGCCUAGAGGAUAUGAUCCUAGUUUUGUUUGGCGCAGCAUUUGGGGAGCUAAGUCUCUGCUUGUUGAUGGAUUGAGAUGGAGGGUGGGUGAUGGGCGUAGGAUAAAUGUAUGGGAGGAGGGCUGGCUUCCAACUGAGAACACUGCUCGUGCCCCUUCUCCGAAUAUUGACAGCCCUGACGAUUUGAUGGUGGCUGAUUUAAUCGAUCAUGAUCAGGGUUGUUGGGAUGUAAUAGCUCUUAACCAACACCUUACUGCUCGUGAUGCUGCUCUGGCCCAAGGAAUUCCUCUGAGUUGCAGAUCUAUUAGUGACUCUAUGUAG